CGUCGAUGUGUGAGCGUUUCUCUUUCACAUCAAGAUGAUCCUGCUGUCUGCUCUGCUUUUGAUCCUCAGGGGAGAAGCGGCCCGGUGCCUGGAGGAGUAUGGAGACUUCACUUUUGAUGGAGACAUCCGCCACUUCGCCGUGGCCUCCAACACGCUUUACAUCGCUACAGAGGAGAAGCUGUACCAGCUGAGCCACGACCUGACUCUGGUCCAGACUGUGACCCAGAGAGGAAUCUUGAAGGAUGGGCAUACUUUUAAUCCGCAGUUUAAUCGGGUUUCUGAGACAGACGAGGGAAAAGCAACUUUCAGCGUCAACAUUUUGUUGCCGUUUGUUAAGGAGGACAAACUGAUCAGCUGCGGUGUGAUCGAGUGCGGUUACUGCGAGGUGCUGGACCUGAACAACAUUUCAAAUGUACUGUUCAAGGAGCACACCUCCGUGGGAUCCCCAUGGCGCAGCAGCGCGUCCGUCGGUUUCUUGGUGGAUGUUGAGGAGGAAAGUACUCAGACUUAUAUUCUGAGUGCCAUAGAGCUAAUCAAAGGCAAAUCUACAAAAACCACCUGCCCCGCGGUUACAGAAGCCGUGUUCCUUCAUAAUACGAAUGACAGGCAGAAAGGACAAAUAUUUUCCAAUGUUGGUGACUCAUUUACAACUUCUAUCACUCCCGAAGACAGUGUGGAGUUCGUGGAUGGAUUUCAGGCCGAUUUAAUCAUUUAUCUUUUCUCCAACCUCCCCCCAAAGGACAAAAGCAACAGAGUCCGUCUCAUAUGGCUCGAGAGCAAAGGGGGCAAGAGGGACACUCUCAGGUCUCUGCGGGGCGCGACUCUCAGUGUCUCUGAUGGUGGUAAGGGCAGCAGACUGCUCGCCUCCUCCGUGAUCCCGGGUGGGCCACCGGUGCUGUGGAGCGGCGUGUUCAGUGUGGACGGAGGAGAAACCAACACCAAGCUGGUGCUGUUUGACAUCAGCCCGGAUCUCACCGGAGGCCCCGAUGACGAUCCAGACUUCUGCAGUGUUUGUCGUCAAAGCAGAACGACGGUGUCGCCAAAGACUCUGAAGCCAAAGGCAGUUCUCUUCAGGCAGAACAGCAUGACCUCUGUGCUGGCAGUGAGACAGAGGGCCUGGAUGGUUUUCUUCAUCGGGACAGGAGAUGGGCAGCUCAUUAAGCUUGCUGUGGACAAGAACUAUCAGGCCACCUGUCCGACAGUGCUCUACAGGGCCAAUGAUGAUCGCAAAGUGUUUCCCAAAAUACAUCUGGAUCAAGUUGGUCUUAAACAUGUGUACUUGCCAUUUCAAAACCAGAUGAAGCGUGUGCCUGUGUCACAGUGCAGCACAUACACAAAUGUGGAGGACUGUUGGUCUGCACAGGAUCCGUACUGCGUCUGGUGCGGCUCUAAAAGAAGUUGCACAUUCCAAGAUGAAUGCCGAGAUACAGACUGGUUAUCUAUUCCUGAUGAUUUUCAACCCAAAAUGGUUUCUUACAAAGUUGUAAAGGACACUGACCAGAUCACACUGAACAUCCACACACACCUGACUGUGGGCGAGAAGGCAGGGUCUAACUUUAACUGUGAAUGCUUAUCAAGUCCCAGUGGGUUUUUUCUCCAGACAAAACCUCCACCAAAUUUCCCACAAUGCACCUGCAUUCUUUCAAACAGAGCACUUCCUGCUGAAGGGCUGCGCGUCACAGUUAGGAUGAGAGAUUUGGGACGACGGAAUGUAAAUGAACUUAAGCUCUUCAACUGCUCUGACAUCAGGGGACCACCAACUUCUGCCCUGUGUCGGCAGUGCGUUGAGGCUGGAUGUGGCUGGAGCAAAAACGGAUGUUCCUGGACAAAUCAAGCAGUGGGGGAUGACAGUGUUUGCGAAAAGAUGGACUCUGGAAAGAGCUUUUCCAGACCAGAGAUCUCCUCCAUUACUCCAGAUGUGGUGUCUUUCCACGGUAGAAACCAUGCAGUGUUGACAGGUUAUGACCUCAGUGAAGUCACCAGAGUGAGGAUCCAGGCGGACAUGGACUGCACUCCACAAGAAUCUCCUGUGUGGAACAACACUGGUGUGAAUCUGAUGUUCCACAUCCCCCGUGUUGAUAUUAAAGGUGUGGUCAAAGUUUGUGUUCUCCUCCCAGAUGGAAGUUGCCACGGCAAUGGCAAAAUCACCUACCGCUCAUCCCCAUCCUGCACUGGAAUAAGACCGAACAGCACUUGGAUUAGUGGGAGGAGAACGAUCACACUCGUGGGAAAGCACCUGGAAUUUGUGGAAGGAGUCGUGCACAGCCACGCCCUGCAGGACAUCAGACCUCCAAGAAACGGCAGCUCUCAGAGUCUCACCUAUGACACACCUGCAGCUGAAAAAUGGCUUACUGCCAGCACAGUGUUUCUAAGAGUAGCCAAUGAAACCUUGGCCUGCUCCACAAUAGCCAACUAUCCAGACCCAGAAUUCACUCGCUUCACAUCCACAAACAUGGGAAUAGAUGUGCGUAUCACCAUACAGAAAAAAGCAGACGAACUGGAGAUGAGCCCAAAAGAGUUGUCAGUGUGGGGCGUUGAGGAAGGACAACAAUACCCCUGCAUCAUGAAAGAAAAGAUAUACAGUAACAGCACUGACUUUUUCAUCUGUGAGAUUCGAGGAACAUCUGUUACUACCUUUCAGCACUUGAAAAUAAUGUAUGGUGACGAGACGGUACACUUCUGGCCUCUAUCUUCAUUACAUCAUGUCGUUCUGAUCAUACGUGUUAUGAUGAUACCCUGUAUUAUUUGUGUGUUGGUGAUUAUCUGUCUUUGGCAAAAGUGGCUCACUGCUGAGAGGAACAAUCUCUGACCAUGACGUCAAACCUGGUGAACAUUUUGCUUCACAAUUAUCAACAAACACACAACAACUUAUAAUUUUUGAUUCCAUUUUCCACUUGUGAGUUACUUGGAGUUAAGUUCACUCUUUAGUCCCCAAAGUAUUUCAAGAGAGGCAUCCUUAACUAUAAAGUGAGUUAGAAGGGCUUCUUGUGGUCCUCAGUAUUUGGAUUUUUAUCUUCUUGGCAUGUUUAAUAUUGUUCAACUCAGGUGCAGUUUUAUCUUGGAGACCAGAUCAUAAAAUUCAAAAAUGUGAUCUAGCAUAGAAACCAGGGUUCAGAGAAUUAUUUGUGUUUUUAAAAAUGACAUUCUGCUGGUAUGUAGAGUAUAUUAGAAUUAAACUGGGAACAUUACAGUCAAAUGGUCAGUGUUUUCAACACUCUGGGCCAUAAAUAUGUCCUUGUUUUUUUUUAAAAUCUAUC